AUGAAGAACAUUGACGCUAAUCUGCAUAAAUAUCAAGUUUAUAUUAGUCCCAUAGAGGAAAAUGUCAAGGAAAUCGAUAUACGAAAGGAAGCUGAAAGGUACGGGCACGUAAUUGUAAUUUCUUACACAAGAGCCACUUCACUCCGCCUCGGUUGGGCAUUCAUUUCCUAUAACAACUUUGACGUUGCACAAAAUGCAGUGAAACAUAUGCAUAAAAAACUCAGGUUUCCUCAAACCAAAAAUCGCGUCGAUGCUUAUCUCACUUGUCGAAACUCGGAGCUAGUAACCAAACCUCAUGCCAUUGUCUAUUCGACACAGGGUUUGUGGAAGCAAAUGUUGCUAAUUAGUGGCAAUUUUUACUACUAUAACACUAUUACUGGUCACUCACAGUGGGAUAGACCGACCGAAUUUAGCCCAUUGUUGCUAAGUUCUUUGCAUGAACUAGGAAAGUAUGCGCCAAACAGACUGUACCAAUAUGCUCCUCCCGGUAACAAUUUAUUUGUGUUUCACAUUCCUUGUACUUGGAAUGACCAAAAUUUGUAUGAACACUUUUGUAAAUUUGGCAAUAUUAUCAGUUCACGCGUACAAUGUGAUAAGAAUGGCAGAAAUCGCGGAUUUGGCUUUGUGAGUUAUGACAAUCCUGAGAGCAGUGCAGAGGCUAUUAAGCAUAUGAAUGGAUUUAACACUGGAGAUAAAUAUUUGAAAGUUAUGCUCAAACGUGGAGAUAAUGAUAUAUGCUUUAAGUGUGAUUCAACCUAA